AUGACACGGCACCCUUUCGUUUUUGUUCUGGUGGGGCUCUCAUGCUUUGCCGGAUUUCUUGAAGGGAGCCCUGGCGAUGCUGAUCCGAUGUACAAGGCUUGUCUUGAAGAAUGUGAGAAGACAGGAUGUGUGGGCAACAAAUGUUUUCAACACUGUAAUUUCUCAACUGAUGGGACACCGGUUGAUGGGCCAUGGUAUCUGCAGGAGCCGCUUUAUGUACAGUGGAAACAAUGGGACUGCCGCAAUGACUGUCGUUAUCACUGUAUGCUCUCUCGAGAAGAAGAAAGAGAGAAACUCGGCUACAAGCCUGUAAAGUACCAUGGGAAAUGGCCAUUUAAGCGCAUAUACGGAAUCCAGGAACCAGUUUCAGUGGCUUUCUCAGCACUAAAUCUUGCUGUACAUUUUCAUGGAUGGGUAUCUUUUUUCAUUCUUGUAAACUACAAGCUUCCCUAUAAGCAAAAUAAGAAUACAUAUUAUGAGUACACUGGCCUGUGGCACAUAUAUGCAGUCUUUGCGAUGAAUGCGUGGAUCUGGAGUGCUGUUUUCCACAGUCGAGAUGUUGAUUUAACGGAGAGAUUGGAUUACUCAUCCGCGGUGGCGUUAUUAGGAUAUUCCCUCAUUCUUGCUGUAAUACGAGCUUUCAACGUGAGACUUGAGGCUGCAAGAGUCAUGAUUGCUGCUCCAUUACUUGCUUUUACGGUUACCCAUAUCUUGUAUUUGAAUUUCUAUCAACUUGAUUAUGGAUGGAAUAUGAUAGUAUGCGUGACAAUGGGCAUAUUACAGAUUGCUCUUUGGGCAAUUUGGGCCGGUUUUACUCAUCACCCGUCCCGUUGGAAGUUGUGGGUGGUCGUGAUUGGAGGGGCCUUUGCCAUGCUCUUGGAGAUAUAUGAUUUCCCUCCAUAUUGGGGGCUUGUAGAUGCUCAUGCUCUUUGGCACGCUACCACAAUCCCUCUUACCUACUUGUGGUGGAGUUUUGUUCGGGACGAUAGUGAGUUUCGAACAAACAUCCUCAUCAAGAAGCAAAAGUAG